AUGUUCGAUCGGAAGAGUCACAGAGUGCUGCUGGAUUAUUUAGGAAUCGGCUUGACGGAGACUUUGUGGCACUAUAUAUCUGCUCUUCCUUUGCUUAAUGUUCAAAUCACUGUCGCAGAGGUAAAGCAAGCUCCUCAACCUACAAACAAGGACGUUAAUAUGCUUGUGCCAUCGGCUCCUCGUACACCUCCAUCGCGUCAGUCAUCAACUCCAAGAAGUGAGGCAAGAAAAGGCGAACGUUCUGCUCCAGCACAGAAUUCAUCGGAGAUUGUUGAUCCUCGCAUAGCAAACGAAAUCCGCGCACUUCGUGAAAGGGAAGACGAGCUGCGACGAAGCAGAACGGAACUCGGUCUUCCGACCCUCGACGAUGUUAUGAGCAGAUAUGAUCAAAGGUAAGC